CUUAGUGAAGAGUGAAGCGAGGCCGCACUUUGCUAGCUAGUGCUAUGAAAUAGACACCAUCACACCUCUGGCGCCAAACCCCUUCCUUCCUUCAUCUUUAUUACUAUUAUCUUUGUAUUAUCAUUUAUCAAUAUAUAUAUAUAUAUAUAUAUAGUUGAAGCAUAGUGGUGGAGCACCAUUUAUCACUUGAUGAAAUGAUGAAUGCACAACACAAAAACUGGGGUGUUGAUGAGCUUCAUGAUGCAACUAUUACUCCAUCUCAACCUCCUCACCUUGCUGUGCCAAUUCACAAGCUGGAGAAAUCUUUGGAAAUGGCUGAAGAAACAUCAAACAGCAAACAGUGGAGAAAAUCCAACCUAUUCUUGGAGAUACCUAGCAGAUCAUUGGAGGUAUCUCGCCAAGAAUUCGUUCAAAUAAAGAUGCCGGCAGCCACACCAACUCCCACCCCCAAGAGAGUGAACUUCCUCCUCACACCUAGUCCUUCUGGUUCAAGGCCAUAUGGAUCACCCGGGCCUUCCUCAACGCGAGGCAGGCCAUCCAUCCGGAGUCUCCUGCCCAAGAUAGGCUUCAAGCAACGAGCUUCCACUUCAGACGCUGCUGACAAGGCGGCCAGCAAUGAUUCAGUCACUUCAUCCAUGUCAAGAUCAUGGUCAUUCUCAAAGAUGUUCACUCCUAGGGCGAUGAGGGCGUGCUCGUUGCCUGUCACCCCCAUAGCAAGCUCCAAUCCGGGCUCUUGCCAUGGUGGAAAUGGGAAUCCAAACUUCCCUCCUGCACCAGAUGAUGGAAAAGGAGUUAGGCGCAUGUCGAGGUCACUUUCUGUCCCAGUGAUCAGAAAAGAAAAGGGCACGCGAAAAAUGGAAUCUUUCUUUCGUAUCAUCCCAUCCACACCUAGGGUGGUGGCCAAGGAUGGCCAAGAUCAAGCAGCAGACACCACAAGUGUAGAUGAUGAGAAAAGUGAUGAAGCCAAUGGUGAAGAUAUACCUGAAGAGGAAGCUGUUUGUAGGAUUUGCCUUGUUGAACUAUGUGAAGGUGGAGAGACCCUCAAAAUGGAGUGCAGCUGCAAAGGUGAACUUGCUCUGGCUCAUCAAGAAUGUGCAGUGAAAUGGUUUGCCCUCAAAGGGAACAAGACUUGUGAAGUUUGCAAGCAAGAAGUUAGGAACCUGCCCGUCACACUUCUACGUAUCCAAAGCUGCAUAAAUCGCACUGCAGCCGUGAAUAGCUACUCGGAUUUGGAGAUCAAUGGGUACAGAGUUUGGCAUGAGGUGCCUAUUCUUGUGAUUGUGAGUAUGCUGGCCUACUUCUGCUUUCUUGAGCAGCUUCUGGUUGCUAAAAUGGGAAGCAGUGCAAUCGCGAUAUCACUUCCAUUCUCUUGUGUGCUAGGCCUCCUUGCAUCCAUGACAUCUUCAACUAUGGUGAAGAGAAGGUUCGUUUGGGUGUAUGCAUCAACGCAGUUCGCCCUUGUGGUUCUCUCUGCUCAUAUCUUCUACAACUUGGUUCGCGUGCAAGCAGUUCUGGCCAUCCUGCUGUCCACAUUUGCUGGAUUUGGCGUGGCGAUGAGUGGCAGCUCGAUCAUCGUGGAGGUGAUGAGGUGGAAGAGGAGACGAGACGCUGCCCGGCCCCCUCACCAGCCCCCCCACCAGCCCCCUCAGCAGCAUGAGAAUCCAGAAACUUUUAGUGGGAGUUACUGAGGUUUUGGUUUGAGUUAGGAGAGGAGUUGUUAUAUAUGUGUUUAGAUGUUUAAUUUUGUGAUGUAUACUUAGCUUAAACAAGAAUUUGGUGAUGAGGAAUUUUGUAUUAGUGUAGAGAGGGAGUUUUAUUAUGCAUUUGCUCAAUUAGUUUAAAUUUUUCCCAUAGUUUUUGUUGAAUUGGAGUAUAGUUUCAUAUUA